AUGAAAGCAAAAAUCAACAGACUAGUCAUUGAAAUAAUUAAUCCUGAGCAUAGUUUCUGGCGUAAACAGUGGAAUUCCAUUGGUGGUCCUUUAUGUAAAGGUAUGCUAUCAAGGGUCGAGAAAAUACGCGGUCCAGUAAGUAUGGGUAUUAGAAUACUUGGUACAUUGAAUGGAAUGUAUGAAAUUACGUUUAUUAUUCAAAAUGUACAUGAUAAACUCUUAAAGAAACUUUCAGACAUGGAUCGAGAUACUUUGUCUAUGCAUCAAGUUCUAAAUCACUAUUGCACGAUCAGCAAAGAAGAUACCAAGGAAAUUGUAAGUCUGCUUGAAGAUCAAGACAUCGUAGAAUUCAAUAGCGAAUUAGAAGAUAAGAAUUUUCGGAAUAAAUUAGAUAAGGUUGACUUCAAACACUUUGAUAUCCAUAAAGAAACGGUUGUGAAAUUUUUUACUUCAUUACAAGAAAAUAUAUCCAACGUCGUAAUUGAUGAUUUCAAUGAAAUCAUGAAAUUAGUAUCCGAUACAAUAACAGAGCAAGUUUUUCGAAUAACACAAUCGCAACUCAUUGCACCAUGGAGUACCUACGGUAUGGGUGAAUUGACAAAAGCCAUUUCAGAAAGAGUACAACAUCAUUUUAUUGUUGAUGAGAAUCAAAAUUCCGAUAGUCAAAAUCGAGAAAAUCAACAACUUGAAGCAGAAAAAGGUGGAAGUAAAUAUAACACUAUUGCAAAGCAAAUUAGAUAUAAUGCUAAGGAUUAUACGAUUGCAUAUAGUCAAUGUGAUAUUAUUUAUCAGUCUCAACACCCACAACAACGAGAUGUACAUAGCACUGGAGCAGUCGAUAAACCAGCAAAUCUUUCUGAUAUGAUAGCACUUGCUGCGGAAAAUAAUUUAGACAUAAAAAUAGCAGAUGAUGAGAAUUACCAGCCUACGGAAGAGGAUAAGGCACAUGGUACAAACAUUAUAGUAUACACGAAAGGAACAGUAGAUGCAAAUGGAAAUGUUGGUAUAGGACAUUUUCAACUUAUGUCAAGAGAUGGCACUCUUAUUGAUAUUCCAAACGAGAAAAAUAAUUGUGGUUAUACUGUUAUUCAGAAAAUAUUACAUGAUAAAAAUGUCGAUAAAACUAUCGACGAUCUUCGUAAUGCUCGAGCCCAAAGCAUAGAAACGAACCCUAGUCAGUUUUCGAAAAUAGAGAAAGUACAACAAUGCAUCCAAUACCAUCAUCCACGAGAAGCAAAUGCUUUAUUAAUCACAGGAGGAGCUCAGCUACAGCCUUCUUUCCAGGAGAUGUACACGUCUGAUACAUAUCCACGUGCAGGUAAGUACGGUCGUUUAAAUAGAAAUUGA